CAGCACCUUCUGUUUUCAUUCAUCCGUUUAUUUCAUAUUUAUCUUUUAUAAUAUAAUGAGUGUUGUACAUUUAAACACCUCUGUUUUCAUAUAUAUAUGAGUCAUAUGACUAGUUCAGAGCUGCAGUUAUCAGUAAGCAAAACAAUGGAAAACAAGCUUCAUGAUUGCCAUUUCCACAAACUAAGGUCAUUCUUUAACAGAAUUUACUUCUUUUUCCAUAUCUUGGCUACUGCACCCAUUCUCUAUUUCAGAGCUUCUUAUUUCUUCAACUCUUCAAAUAAUCACCAUUUCUUCUCUUGGGUUCUCAUCUUUGGUUCUGAGAUUCUGGUCUUACUUUUGUGGAUCUUUAAACUAUCUUAUUACUGGCGCCCUGUAACUCGAACUGUCUUCCCUGAGAAUCUACCAGAAGAUGAACAGAAAUUACCCAGAAUCGAUGUUUUUAUAUGCACUGCUGAUCCUGAUAAAGAGCCUACAUUUGAGGUGAUGAACACUGUAAUUUCUGCUAUGUCAUUGGAUUACCCUGCUCAUAAGUUGAGUGUUUAUUUGUCUGAUGAUGGAGCUUCUUCUUCUGUCACUUUGAAUGCUUUAAAACAUGCUUGGGUUUUUGCUACUUGGUGGUUACCAUUCUGUAAGACUUAUAAUGUUAAUCCAGUUUGUCCCAAGCCUUUUUUUGAGCAUCACUUGCAACUGCUGCUACAACAGUCUCACAAUACCGACUUUAUUCAACAUGCUAACAUGCUUAAGGAGAAAUAUCAGAAUUUCAAGGAACGAGUGCGCGCCUGGAAACCCACACAAGGUGAUGAGAUUGCUAGUAACACAAGUGCUCGAGAUCAUUCACCGUUCAUUCAGGUUAUAAAUGAAAGCUCUAUAGGAGAUGAUGCUGCAACAAUAAACCCAGAAAACACUGGUAUGCCUCUCCUUGUGUACCUAGCUCGCGAGAAAAGACCUUCUCAUCACCAUCACUUCAAGGCCGGAGCUCUUAAUGUUCUGCAAAGGGUUUCUAGCGUAUUGAGCAAUGCUCCAUACAUACUAGUCCUAGACUGUGACAUGUACUGCAACGAUUCAAGUUCAGCUCGACAAGCUAUGUGUUUCUACCUCGAUCCUAAGACUAAUCCGACAUUAGCUUGGAUCCAAUUCCCUCAGAAAUUUCAUAACAUAAAUGAGACUGACAUUUAUGACAGUCAGAUGAUAACAACUUGGCCUAUAAUUUAUCCAGGGACUGAUGGAAUUCAAGGACCAAUACUAUCUGGUACAAAUUUUUACAUCAACAGGAAGGCCUUGUAUGGUUUUACAGUUGAUGGUGGAAAUGACAUAACUGACCAAAGAUACACUUUUGGUUCUUCUAAUGAGCUCAUCAAAUCUCUUGGUCAAAUGGAGAAAAAUACGGAUGAUGCAAUGAAAACAAGGGACUUUUCCUGUGAUUAUAAGCUACAAGAAGCUCAAUUCUUAGCAACUUGUGUCUAUGAAGAUGACACACAAUGGGGUAUACAGGUUGGUUUUCGAUACAACACAGUGGUGGAAGAUGUGAUGACAGGUUUCAUAUUACACGGGCAAGGGUGGAAGUCGGUUUACUUAAACCCAGCAAGGCCUCAAUUCUUAGGUUCUGCUACAACAAGUCUGAAUGAAGCAUUAAUUCAAAAUUCCAGAUGGGCUGCAGGUCUUCUACAGAUUGGUUUAUCCAAGUAUUGCCCUCUUUUUUACAAUUCACCAAGAUUGCUAAUCUUUCAGAGGAUGCUUUAUUCUUGGGCUGCCUUUUUUCCCAUUGAUUUUCUCCCCAUUUCGUGUUUUGCUAUCGUUCAACCUAUCUGUUUCUUCUAUGGCAUCCCUUUGUACCCUAAGGUCUCAGACCUGUUGUUCAUGCCAUUUGCCUUUGUGUUUAUAUCAUCACGAGUGAAGCUUCUAAGCGAGGUUUUUAUUAGUGGAGGCUCAGUUCAUACAUGGUUGAACGUGCAGAGGAUUGUGAUGAUAAAGGGUGUUACAUGUUAUGUUUAUGGAGCACUCGAGUGUAUGAUGACAAAGUUGGGGAUUCGAGAGGCAAACUUUAUGCCAACUAACAAAGCAGGAGAUGAUGAUACAAGUAAAUGGUACCAAAUUGGUAAGUAUGACUUCAGAACAUCAAACAUGUUUCUUGUUCCAAUUGUCACAGCAGUUACCUUAAAUAUCUCAUCAUUUGUUGCUGGAGUUACAAGAGUAAUUUUCGGUACGAGUAAUAGUUGGGAUACAUUGUUUGCUCAACUAUGCUUCUCAUUUUACGUGUUGAUCAUGAGUUUUCCGGUGAUUGAAGGCAUGGUGUUAAGGAAAGACAAUGCAAGUAUUCCUAUUCGCACUACUUUGGUAUCAACUUUGUUGUCUUUUGUUGUCUUAGGUUUAGGAUAUUUCAUCUUCGUAUUGCAUUAGACACAUUUCUCAUUCUGUAACUCUUUUCUUUCUAGCUAGUUUACACAAAUUAUUGGUUGUUUGAAUUGGAGCUUAGAGGUGAACAAAAUAAAUUGAUAUUGUUCAAAUGACUAAUCAAUAAAUAUACUUAAUUUCAUUA